UGUUGUCAAAAAUUAACCUUCAAAUCCUCACGUCUAUAUAUGUUGUUCAUCUCUGUUCUUUUUGCGUUUUCAAAAAAAAUUCCAACUUAUUUUUAAACCAGUUUCAGUUUUGAGUUUGAGCCUUCCGUCACUUCUUCGAAUACUAUGGCGAGUUCACUUAUCCUGGCAGGCAUGGGGCUUGCUGCUGUAGGUUUUGCAGGUAGAUAUAUAACACGGAACAUGCCAGCAAUGUCCUCCAAGUUAAAUGAAGCCAUGAAGGCCAUACCAAACAUCGAUCCAAAAACAUAUUCCAACCGAUACUACAAAGGAGGCUUCGAGCCAAAAAUGAGUAAAAGAGAAGCCAGUCUGAUCUUGGGUGUAUCGCCUACCUCAAGCAAAUCUAAAGUCAAGGAAGCUCAUAAACGGAUUAUGUCCCUAAAUCAUCCAGACAGAGGUGGCUCCCCCUAUAUUGCUGCAAAAAUAAAUGAAGCAAAAGAUUAUUUAGAUUCUAAUAAGUAGAUAUGUGAUAAUUACCUAAAAUUGCAGAAGAAAAUCUUUCAUCAAGUCCAAA